UGCUGUUCCCGCAAAGUUCGAACUAGGAAUAUCACUGCAACUUCAACCUUUCCUGGGUCACCAUGGAGGAGCCUAGAGGAAACCUUCACGUUCAGCUGGGAGAAACACUGGGGUCCACUCAUCCAACAUCUGGGCGUGCUCUUUGGGAAGAUAACACUGUAUCUGAGGGGAUUUCACCAGCGUUGGAACACGAUUUGCCCACACAUCCCGUACAUGAUGGCUUGGAAUAUGAAGUUCUAGUUGGUGCGAGCAGUGUUGUUACAUCGCCGCUGACGCCGGUGCCGCCGCUCGCAACCGCAUUAAAUCGCGACAAAGAUUCUUACGGAUGUGGGCAAACGAGCGAUUGGAAGCUCAUACUCAGCUUCAUCUGCUUGGUCAUUUCGGGUUCUGCAAACGUCGUAAUGACCAAACUUCAAGCGAUUCCAAUGUUUAACUAUCCCAUUUUUCUCAACCUCUGGAUAAACAUCAUGUACAUUCCCAUUUGUUUUGCUUACAUUUUACCUGUAUCACGUUUUGGUUGGUUCCGUGAUGCUAUACCCUUGGAACACACCAAGAUGUCUAAGAAACCGUUUGUAAUAAUGGGAGCGCUGGAUUGCUUCGCGUAUAGCAUGCAAAUAUUCGCUUCCGUCUAUUUACCAGGACCUCUAUUGGUACUCUUACCCCAGGCUGCAAUUCCGAUUAGUAUGGUCCUGUCCCGCUACGUCCUCCAAGAACGUUUUCACCGUUGGCAGUACCUUGGUGCAGCGAUUGUGUUAGCGGGUAUCGCAAUUGUGCUGGAACCAGUUUUGAGACACCGUCACGCUCCCGACUUUUAUUGUGAAGCCGUCGAUGUUGAUCAUGAUUGUACUAUUUGUAAGGUGGAGCUGACACAGGAAACUUGCUUAUCACACCGUCGUAGCGAUGUACGGGACGUUUGGAAAACCGCAUUUUAUAUAAAUGGUAGCCAUACGCAGAUCGACGCUCUCUGUCAGUGGUUGCCUUCGGCUGAAGCCGAGCGCGAGGAAGAGUUUCUCACGGUAGGGUGGAGUUUGGUCAUAAUUGCUUCCUGCAUUCCCAUGGCCCUGUCGACAAUUUAUAAACAAAUUGCACUGUCGCCGAGCGAUAACAAUAUGACACAGGAGGCCAAAGUACUGGACCCCAUUUUCAUGAAUGGAUGGAUUGCGGUGUUCCAGCUCCUCUUUUCUAUUGUUGUGUCUGUGCCUGCUGGGAUGGUGUCUUCUCCAUCCAUUGCACCCUGGGAUGUGCCGCGAAAUCUAUGGGAUGGUUUUCGCUGUUACGAUGGUCACGGCACGAUCGAAACGGGAUGCCACGUGGAUGAUGCAUGCUCGAACAACGCAGCGUUUUUCGUUAAUCUGGCGUUGAUCGCCAACCUUACCUUCACAUUCUUCACGAUGUACAUUCUCAAGUACGGGUCUACCGCACUACUGUUCUUGGCCCUAACCGUCAUGGUACCGAUUGGAAACCUGGCCUUUUCGUUACCAUUCAUGCCACAAACGACAACCUUGCACGUUUCGGAUAUCUUGGGCUUGGCCAUCAUUUUGUGCGGUCUCGUGCUUUACCGUAUCUACGAGCUUCCCGGAAGCUGUGACGACGACCUUUUGCACCGGGACGGUGAUCCCAACAGUAACCAUGGUUCGAACGAUAGUACCUCUACGUUGAGAGAACCUUUGCUUGUACAAACGGGUGAGGUUUAGUAAGCCUCCAUUUUUGAGAAUAAAGACGGGACCUAAUAACCUACGAAUGAUUUUAG